GCAAAAUAAAAAAGUUUGACAACCCCUGCUCCGUAAAUUUCGAUCUGUCCCUAAUGUAAAAUGAUUGAGCAAGCUUCACUAGUUUGCGGGCUAUUCAAUGGAAAACGAAAGCUAUAACUAUUCUCCCAUGGCGUCCAGCAGCGUAAAUGACCCUAGUCAGGGGAACAGCUACCAGGAGAACUUCAGCUGCUCUGAGAGUAACUCUGAGAGCAGUGCUACAGAAGAGGAAUCAGACAGUGAUGCAGCAGGAACCCGACAGGAUCAGGAAGAGCCUUGCCGGUACUACAACAGUGGUCACUGCCGGGAUGGGAAAAGGUGCCACUACCUACACGUCUGCAAAUACGCACUGAGAGGCAACUGUCGCUAUGGAGCCAAGUGUCGCCUCAAGCACCUCAGCUCCUCCUCUGACAGUGAUGGAGGUAGUGGGAGGAGGGAAAGGAGGAGGUCUUUAUCUGGAGGGAGAAGAGGAGGCGGUGGGAGAGAAAGGAGGAGGUCUUCAUCUGGAGGGGCUCAGCGUGACAUUAGCGGGCCAUACAAAUGGCAGUUGGAAGAUGGACAUGGCUGGAAGGACAUAGCCAACGAUCACAUUUUGGAGGGACAGUACUCCCAACCCAACAUUAAGGGCAUCAAUAUCUACAACACCCCUUACGGCAAAGUGAGUAUAGAUUUCAAGGCGAUGAGAGUCCGCGGUAAGAAUAAUCUGAGAGUGAGGCGUUUGGAUGGUCAACAGACAGAGUGGAUCUGGUUCUACUCUAGUAGCAAAGGCUGGACCAAGUAUGGAGAAAAGGAUUCCAAGGGAAACUCAGGCCCCAUCCAGAGUUCUGAGAUCGAGAAGAAAUUCCAACUCAACCGUAACGGUUCUCUUACGUUCAACAUCGGCUCUGAUAUCUUCGAGAUCCGAUUCAGACAAAUGAGACAGGUGAGCGGCAAGAGGAAGAGGAAAGUUGUCCGUCGUCCAAAGUACCAACCACCUCAAAGCGGAAAUCUAAUUGGUCGAGUGACGUCUGCUUUCCAGAGAGUGAAGAUGUCUCCAGCGGGCCAGAGUGAAUCUCCAGAGUGGCAGUUUGGGGGGAAAAGUGGGCGCUGGCACACUUUCGAAAAGAGUGCUGACAUUGAAGAUCAGUACCAGAAGGACUUCAAUGGAUCCAUGUCCCUCACUGUCAACAGACAGGCCUACAAGCUGGACUUCUCAGCCAUGAAGCAAACCAACCAGUCUACAAGGGCGACGCGCAACAUCAGGCGUGUCUAGAGAGCAUGAUGAACAACGCAACACUCCGACAUCAUCAUUGCCUGUUUAUUUUAGGGGAAGUAGAAUUGUUGGGUUGCUAUCACAUGCAAUAUGUUUACAUGCAAUAACCUGCCAUUAGCUCACAAACGGGAAUACAUGCCUAUUGCAGAAACGGACUACAGAUAUUGGAUAUACUCCUGUACACACUGUGUAUGAAACAACAUGCACAAUAACAAACUGUUUACCUUUUUCUCUGUGUGUUUUGUUGUUGUUGCCCCGCAAAAGCAACGUGCAUUAUCUGCAAAUUUGGUAAAAAAAACAUUUGUUCUGUUGUAAUGGCCUGGUGUAAUAUGUGAUAAUAAGGCAUUUCGUUUCCUGACAAGAACAACCCAGUCAAUCAGAAUAUGUCAUGAAGUACCAGAAUAUAUCAGAAUAUAUCAUGAAGUACCAGAAAUUGCUGUAUGUCUGGACAGAAACAGACUUUGAAGUCAGAUUUGGCUGUUAAAUAUUUUAAGCAGAUAUUGCACUUUGCCUUUGUAGGGUAUACAUGUAUGAGGAAUGCUGUAGCAGACUGCCAUGAUCAAGUAACUGGGACAUGUACAUUAGAUAACAUUUGUGUGCAUGAUGUUGAAAUGUAGGUCAUACCUUUUAUCUCAGGUGUUGUUCGAAAAGACGGAAUAUUCAAAGCCCUCGUUAAAUAAGCCAUAUUAUUUUAAUUUAAUCAUUUAUUUGAAUCAAGGGUCAUAGCCAAUGAUGUAUAUACACAUCAUUGGUCAUCUAGCUUGUGUUGAUUUCUAACUUUACCCCUAGAUUAGUUAUAUUUUUAUUGGUGCAAUAAAUGGUUAGAAGAACUGUGAGUAAACAAAUCCUGUUACGAACAGUUGAACAGUUUGACUUUUAGCAAUGAUGAAUUGAUUAUGUUUUAUGAAAAUCAAUGCAAUACAAUCUACAGUAAUGUGGUAGUAACAAUGUUGGAAUAACACUGCGUUAAAAUGUUCCUACAAAUGGGCUGACGCUUGUCCUAGGUACCUUAAUGUGAUUGAAAGCUUAAACUGCCGUAUUGUUACUGUACACAAUGAAUAAAGACAAAAACAGUGUAUGUUUCCAUGUAAUAAGGUUUUGAUUAAAAGCAGAAUAAAUUGCAAUCAUUUUAUUUUGUGUUCUGGUAGUUUCCAUGAUUGUUCUUGGUUCUAAUAAAUCUGUGUUUCACCAAC